AUGAUUCGAGGACUAAACUCGCCGGGUGGCCUCGGACUAAACAGUCCGAGGGGCCAACCGGGUGGUCCACCGCCACCACCGCCCACCAGUCAGGCUCCACAACAAGUGUUCUAUGAUGAUGAGCCGUAUCAGGCUAACGCUACACGGUUCCCGUUUGAUGGAGCAACGUCGAGAGACGGGCAACCUCAUUCCACACUCACAACGAACGAUGGGCUCGGCCACGCCGUUUGGCUCCGCCCCCACACAGAGCUAUUUUGGCUCGUCGGGACAGAUGAGCAGCCCUAG